AAACAAAACCCUAAACGUGAAAAAACUAAGAAAACCAAAAUCGCCUAUGAGAGGAAAUUUCCGACAUUCUCUUUCCUCAUAAAAUCGCCUUCUUUCCUCAGUGGCGAGUAUCGGCGGCUACCGGGAAACGACAGAAUUUUGAUCACUCAAAUUACCCCGCGAAAGUAUACCAUUCGCCCCACACUCCCUCUCUCUCUCUCAACAUCUAGAACCUGAAGCUCCGAGGAAGAGUAGAGAGUGGCAGUGAAUGUAAUUUAACGGAUAAGUAGAAGAAUUUUUAAAGGACUUUUAUCCCUCCUCUCUGAGUCUCUGAGCUACUAUGGCUUCUCUGAGAAAUCACCCAUUUCCACUUUUACACUGCUUUUACUCUUCUUCCUCUACUUCCCCUAAUAGAAUUCUUCACUUUCCAAACCCUAAUUUGGCAUCUACGACGACCACUAUCGAUAAGGCGAAGGCUAGGGUUUUCAAUUUAAUUUAUAAUAGUAAAAAUGUAAAUUCUUCAUUUUAUUGCUAUUGCAAACAGAAUUCUACUGAAGAAUUGGAACUCAUAGAAGAGAAAGAUGAUAAAGAAGAGAUUGGAAGAACUCCUUUUGAUAUUAGUCUUGCUGUUGUUCUCGCUGGUUUUGCAUUUGAAGCCUAUUCGAGUCCCCCGGAAAAUUUAGGCAAGCGAGAGGUGGAUGCAGCUGGGUGCCAGACGGUGUUUCUGUCCGAGUCGUUUAUACGUGAGGCUUAUGAUGGGGAAUUAUUAAUAAAACUUAAGAAAGGGGUUAAUUUUCCUGCUAUGGAUCCAUGGGGAACAAGCGAUCCGUAUGUGGUCCUGCAAAUAGAUGGACAAGUUGUCAAAAGCAAAGUUAAAUGGGCGACAAAAGACCCAACAUGGAAUGAAGACCUCAAGUUAAAUAUAAAGACACCACCAAACACAGACCUUCAGGUUGCAGCUUGGGAUGCAAACCUUGUGACACCCCAUAAACGCAUGGGUAACGCAGACGUCAGUCUGAAGUCUUUAUGUGACGGAGACUUGCAUGAAGUUCUGGUAGAAUUGGGGGGAAUGGGAGGAGGUGGAAUGAUACAACUGGAGGUGAAGUAUAAAAGCUUUGACGAAGUUGAUGAUGAGAAACAGCAUUGGAAGAUACCUUUCAUUUCAGAUCUUCUAGAAAAAAAUAAUUUGGGAUCUGCUCUAGAAAACGUCCUUGGCACCGAUACUGUUCAAGCACGCCAAUUUGUGGAAUAUGCAUUUGGGAAGUUUAAAUCAUUUGAUUUUGAAAACCAGAAGAACGAAAUUGUUAAGUCUGGUAAUCAUGAUAUGGAAAGCUCUGAAAAUUCAAAAAGUUCAGCUGGACUGUCAGAUACACUUUUGUCGCUGGAAAAUGGUCUAGACAGUUCUCCAGAUGGCUUGAGCACUAACAAAGGUGACAGCUUCAUGGGAAGUCAAAUAGAUAAUGAUGCGAAAGGUGACGAAUUUACCUCAGAGACUCAAGUUGCUAAAUCUGCACAGUCAGAUUACUAUUUGUGGAACAAUUUUGCUGAUGUGCUGAAUCACAAUAUUAUCCAUAAGCUGGGUAUCCCCUUUCCUGAUCUAAUGGGAUGGGAUGGAUCUGACUUGUUGAACAGGAUUGGUUUACAGUCGAAGCGGGCUGCAGAAGCCGAGUAUGUUGAAUCAGGGCUUGCUGCUCCUGAACGUCGAGCUGGUGAUGAUGAAAAAAGUGAACAAUCAUCCGCAGACAGAGUAGUUCAAUCUUCAGUUUCUGAUAUUAAGAAAGCAUCAUGGGAUGUCUUAAGGCAAACCGAUUCAAUUUUAGGAGCAAUAGUACUGCUGACCACAACGUUUUCUCAACAGAUGAAAGAAACAGAUUCUGUAGGAGAGAUUGAAGCCGAGAGCGAUUCUUCUACGCCACUGCUAGAUGAUAUUCCAAAAAACUCCUCGAGUGAAAGUAGUCUUAUACCUGUUGAUGAAUCAUCAUUGGAUAAACAGAAAGCGGAAGAAACAAAGGCACUUUUCUCAACUGCAGAAAGUGCCAUGGAAGCCUGGGCUAUGCUUGCAACAUCAUUAGGGCAACAAAGUUUUAUUAAAUCUGAAUUUGAGAAGAUAUGCUUCCUUGAUAAUGAAUCGACCGAUACUCAGGUAGCAGUAUGGCGUGAUACUUCACGGAGAAGAUUAAUCAUUGCUUUCCGAGGGACUGAACAAGUGAGAUGGAAGGAUUUACGAACUGAUUUAAUGCUGGCUCCUGCCGGGCUUAAUCCCGAGCGAAUAGGUGGCGACUUCAAGCAAGAAAUCCAAGUCCAUAGUGGUUUCCUAAGUGCCUAUGAUUCAGUCAGGAAUAAGCUCAUGUCUAUCAUAAAGCUAUCAAUCGGGUUUGAAGAUGAUAGUGUGGAAGGCGAGCCCAAAUGGCAUAUUUAUGCAACUGGGCACAGUUUAGGUGGUGCAUUAGCUACUCUUCUCGCUCUUGAACUUUCAUCUAGUCAAAUGGCAAAGCAUGGUGCUAUUUAUAUGACCAUGUAUAACUUCGGUUCUCCAAGGGUUGGUAACAGAAGAUUUGUUGAUAUAUAUAAUGAGAAAGUUAAGGAUAGCUGGAGAAUUGUGAACCACAGAGACAUUAUACCAACAAUUCCUCGGCUGAUGGGCUAUUGCCAUGUUGCUCAACCUAUAUAUCUCGCAUCUGGUGAUCUUAGUGAUGCUUUUGCAAAUAUGGAAAAUAUAGCUGAUGGAUACCAAGGAGACGUGAUUGGAGAGUACACACCGGGCAUUCUUGUCAGCGAAUUUAUGAAAGGUGAAAAACAACUAAUCAGAAAGAUACUAGAGACUGAAAUUAAUAUCUUCCGGUCAAUAAGAGAUGGAAGUGCUCUUAUGCAGCAUAUGGAGGACUUCUAUUACGUAACACUACUUGAGAAUGUUAAGUCAAAUUUUCAAACAAGUAAUUCAAACUCCAGUGGAGAAGGUAGUUUGCCAAGCAGUUCAAAUUCCAGUGGAAAAGCUGACACAUAAAUGGAUAGGGAGCAAAGACUUUUGCUUUUGGCAGCACUGACAACUGAAUUUCAGUUCCUGUAUUUCCCAUGCUGUCAAGGGAAUCUCUACUUCCCUGCAUAUUUUCCUAGCAAUUGAAUCCACAACCCUCAACUGCGAAAAAAGACUUGCACAUCGAAUCAAAUCAACAAAGCUCAUUUCUAUGUCUGUUUACAGUGUUACUAGUUUAUAUUGGGUAUGUUAUAAUCAAUUUAGUGUAAAAUUUGUCAUUCUGUUACAACAAGAAUUAGCCCCAAAGCAGCAUAAAAAUUCAUAUUGACUCAAUAAAAGUCUUGUGUAAAAACCAAUUUACACAUGGAAUGAUUUCAAGCUCAUUGA